AUCAUCCAUUUGCGGAGUGCUGGAUUUGAGCUGCUGUGCCAGAAAAGCCAGGGCAACGACCGCAACCGACGUCGUGUCGAUCGCUCGCUGACUUUGGGCAUGGUGCGAAGCAUCAAGCGACUUAGGUUUAAGUAGUGACUAUGCAUUACAACUGACAUAACAAGCGGGCCGAUGACUGCAUACCUCGCCUCGAGUAGACGGUUUACCUUUGCACAUAUUACGGGCCGCGUAUAAUAGGCAGCAGUGAUCAGCAACACUGGAAACUCACUGGAUACAUAGUUACACGUACUUGCACCUACGCGGGAGUGAGGCUUCAAUCGUCUCAGCAUCACGUCGGGCUAGGGAUGCCUCGCGACCGUUUGCGCCUGGUCGUGUCACAUGGUGCACGGCGGCUCCCCGGUCCCCCGGUCCUCUCCGUCAUCGCGAUUGCUCUUGCGGUUCUAGCACAACACACACGAGCAAAGCCCUGCGCGGCUGGUUGCACGGUGUAUGGCACCUGCAAUGAGGAGCUGGGCAGGUGCGACUGCCCUCGCAACCGCACGGGGCCGGCGUGCCACCAGCCACUGAGCCGCAAGGCCCUGGCCGAGCGCUGCAGACUUCUGGGCACCCAGGACGUGAACAAGUGCAACUCGGAGGCAAACACCUGCAUCAACGGCUGCCAUGGGCCGACACGGGGCGCGUGCGUGGCGGGCUUCUGCCACUGCAGGCCCGGCUACUUCGGAAAUGAUUGCGCGCUCUCUCUGGGCGGGGCCGAUGGCAAGACGCCUGUGGUCCUGUCGGACCGCGGCUACACGCCCCGGGCUGUCGGGCCCCGUGUGUACAUUUACGACCUGCCGCCCGAGCUCACCACGUGGCGCUCCGACAUCAACCUUGACCGGUGGACCAUUCGGCACUUCCUCGAGAUGCUAACGGCGUCAGGCGCCCGGGUCGCGGAUGGUGCCAAGGCAGACUGGUACUUCAUCCCUGUGCGGCUGCGCAGCAGCAGUGAUGCCUACGUGCUCCAGCGGGCCAUCCACCACCUGCGGCACGCACACCCCUGGUUCAAUGCCACGGGCGGCGGCCGGCACUUCGUGAUAGCCGUCGGUGACAUGGGUCGGCUGGAGAGCGAGCGCGGCCCGCUGUCCGCCAACGUGACGUUCGUGAGCCACUGGGGGCUGGCAAGCUCCAAGAAGGCAGAGCGCCUCAACUCCUCACCCUGGCGCGCCUCGCACCGCAACGCCACCGACAUUGUACUGCCUGUGUACAUCUCAUUGCGGAAGCUGGAGAAGUACGGCAUCACGCGAUCACGGCACCACCCAAAGUUUGCGACCAUGGCGCCGCCGGAGAUCCGGGAGCGCAAUGGGCCGCUGUUCUGGUUUGCGGGGCGCAUCUGUCAGGACAGGUCCAAGCCCGCGACAGACGGCGUGUGGCCCAACUGCCCGGGAGCCAUGGGCUACUCAGCCAUGACGCGGCAGGCGGUUCAUUUCCACCACUGGGACCGCCCCGGCUAUUUCGUGGCCCCCGGGGACAAAAAUUAUUCGCGUCACCUGCUUACCUCCAAGUUCUGCUUUGGAGCCAUGGGCGGCGGCCACGGGCAGCGGCAGCUCCAGGCGGCUCUGGCUGGCUGUGUGCCUGUGGUGAUUGGCGACGGUGUGUUGGAAGCGUGGGAGCCGUACCUGGACUGGAACGACUUCGGGGUUCGGGUGGCGGAGGCAGACAUUCCCCGACUGCACACCAUCCUGGGGGCCAUAGGUCCAGAGGAGUACGCUCGCAAGGUGCGCUCCCUGCGCUGCGCCGCCCAGCACAUGGCCUUCAGCAGCGUGACGGGCGCCUACAUGGGCGAGAGCGGCCGCUUCGACGCCUUUGAGACACUGCUGGCGGUGCUGGCGGCGAGGGCCCGGCACCCGGACACACCGCCGGAGCGGCUGAGGCAGGCGGACCCGGUGCUUGACGCAUUCAUGGACUGCAGGGAGGGGCCGGACGGGGGCGGGGCCGCACUUGUCAGGGAGGACGUAAAGGUUGAUGUGGGGCGCGGGCCGCCGUUGGGGAGGGAGGUAAGGCGGCCAGAGGGCAAGGCGGUGACGGCGGGGCAAACUGCGCCACAGCUUAUUGUGCAGCACCAGCGCAAAGCUCUGGCCCUGCGUGCUGGAGCCACAGCGGCCUCGGCGGAGAGGCACAGCGUCAGUGAGGCUCUGCUGGGUUCGGUGGGGCAGCAGGGGGCGGCAAGGCAUGGGCCAGCAGGUGAGCGCAGAUCCCUGCUCGGCGCGAAAGGGAACCACGACCACAAGCCCAGGCAAAGGCAUCGCCCAGCCGUAGCACAGAAGCCUUCUGGGAUGGCAGCAGCCAGCAUGCAUAAUGCCACUGCCAUAAUAAGGCCGCGAAGGGUAUGCAGCGUGUCUCCCUUUGACACGGAGGACCCGGCUGCGUUCCCCUGCCGGUCGCUGGUCAAGGGCAUUUAUUCCCCUCCACCAGGGGGACUGAUCUGCGCGGGAGUGGGGAGUGUGUCGCAGUGCCCACGGCUUUGGUCCUGACGCAGGCAGGUGUGUGUCCGCGGGUAGAGUGAUGCCUGCCGCGAUUGUGACAACGGUUGGCAAGCCGGCCAGCAGGCGUUGUUUUUUACAGAGUGACGUGCUCAGUGGGGUAGGCUCAGUGGGGCAGGCUCAGUGGCUCAGUGCGGCGGGGCCGGGCUGAGAGCCUGAACGGCGCUAGCAGGGCGUGGGGCUGAGGGUGCACGUGUCGAUUGGCGGCGAGUGACGUGACUAGUUUGUUAGCUGCGGGUUAGCACGGACUGUGCACCCCACCCAACCGGCCACGUCCGGAUUUGCGGGGAUGCCAAAGGCCCCCAACAUAGAGGCGUGUGCAAUUUGCGUGUGCUUAGUAGGCGCCCGCGUCAAGGUGGGCUGGGUUGAUAACGACCCGGGAGGGGAGGGCUCAGCCCUUUUCCUGCCUCCCUAAGGCAGCCACCUCCUUGUUUACAGAGUCAGCAGGAAGGCGGUGGAACGAAUGCGCCUUCGAAGUAACACAAUACUGU